ACUACGUCCUACUCUUGUACGUCACAUGCGAACUCUGUGGCCGUCAGCUGAAAAUUAUCGUGUUUAUGCGUAUUUAAUGUGUUUAUUUAUAAAUUGCUAGAAAGAGAAAAUAGUGCUGGGAAGACAAAAUGGCAACGGGAGUAAAACCUCGUGAUGAAGAAUCAUCUCUCACUCGAGCCGACUUAGAGGCGAUACAAGAUGCAAUGAAAAAUAAGAAGUUUCGAGAUCUACUAUCUGAGUACUGCGAUGAAGUACGUGACCCGGCGAAUCAAGCAAUCUAUCAAAAAGAAAUGACCCAACUAGAAAAGGAACGUGGUUACGACGUAACAUUUAUUAAUCCAAAGGGUGGUUAUGUCAUUAAAACAAGUGUAGCCGGAGAGAGAAAAGCUUUUAUCAAUAUCUGCAGCAAUGAGAAUGUGGACAAACCGUCUUGUACCGUACAAGAACGAAAUGGCCAAAAAGGAAUGAACUGGCAACUUCCUUAUACAAUAAUUCCACCAAGGGAAGAUUUUAAUCACAAAAGAGAACGCUGUAUUAUUUACGAUGUAGUAUUUCACCCAGAUACAUUGCGCAUGGCUGAGGUUAACAAACGAUUCCGUGAGUUAGUAAACAACACUGCGUUUGAUGGACUACAAAAAACCUAUGGUAUUCAUUUCGAUAGUAAUAAUUGUCGUUUUCCAAAGGCCUGUUAUAAAGGCAUGACUACACCGGCUGUUAUAAGAAAAGAAGAUCCAAAUUAUAAACCACCAACUGAUGAAGAAAAUCAAGAACUUACACCAGAAGUCUUAGAAAAACUUUACCCACAACAUAUAUACCAAGAAAAUAAAGAGCACCUUCAAGAAAAUGUCACAUACAACAUACAACAUAGAAAAAAAGCAAAGAAUAGUAAAAAAGAAUUUACUCAUUCAUCUGAUAAAGGUUAUACAGUACCUAAAUAUGUAAUUAAACAGCAACAAAAUGUAGAUUUUCAAGACUUUACUUACCACAAAGAUAGUAAGCAGUAUUCUGCAAUUCCAAGUAAUUUAACUAUUGAAAUUAAUUUACCACUUUUAUCAUCAACCAAGGACUGUGUAUUAGAUGUUCGGGAAAAAAAUCUAACUCUGAUCUCAGAAAAACCUGCAAAGUAUAAACUUAACCUUGAUCUCCCUUAUUCUGUCAAUGAUGAAUGUGGAAAUGCGACAUUUGAUAAAUCAAAGCAUAUGUUAAUUGUGUCACUACCAGUGAUUAGAAAAAAAUUAUCGUCUAAUAAAAUAACUUGUCAGAAGAGUGACAGUGGUGUAGAGAGUGAAGAAAAUUCAAACAGUGAUGAAGAAUCUUCUAGAAAAAAUAAUCUUGUAGAAGAAAUAACAUUAACUAGUGAAAAUCCAGAUUUAUCUUCAAUUCAGGAAAAAGAAACGUCUCCUAUAGUUGAUGAAGAAUUUUUACUUUCCAAUAUUGGGUAUACAUUCCCAUCGUAUACUUAUAAUGCACUAGAUGAUAUAGUGGCAUUCACCUUUCAUGUUAAAAAUACAGAAACAGAUUCUGUUAAGGUUAAAAAUGUUGAAAACAAAGUAUAUAUUAAAUUUACUUCUAUUGGAUCAGGAUUCGUACCAAUACAUUAUGCAGCCUUUAUUGUGUUUGAUCAUGAUAUUAAUUUUGAAAAUGCAGUAGGUGAAGCUUGGGAUAACAAUGUUAUUUUACAACUUGAAACAGGUGGAAAUAUUCCUGAAAAAUUCCAAAUAGGAUUACAAGGCGAUUUGAAAAUGGAAUAUUUUGAUGUGUCUAAACUUAAGAAACCUUUAAAAGAACACAUAAUACAAAAUAAUAUUAAAUCUUCCGAAGAAGUUAGUUCAAGUCCUGUUGUUGAAGUAACUAACUUAGGAAGUGAAACUAACAUUGUUGUUUCAUCAACAUCUCAUAAUGCUAAUAAAGAAGAUGAAAAUGAAAGAGAUAUUGUAUGGACUGAAAAUGGUACCUUUGAAAAUGGAGCCAAGAGUAUUCUACGCAAACCUAUUGCAAUGAUGAGAAGUUUUUCUGAAUCAAGUUGUGGAGAUGUUGCAUCAUCAAUGGACUACAUUAGCUCUGACUGUAUUCCUGAAGAAUCAAGCUUGAAAAAAACUGUUAGAUUUAGUGACGUCAUUGCAAGACAGUUUUACAGAUACAAUUCAUCAAUUGAAGGCCAAAAAAGAAAAAAUCAACGUAAGAAGAGUAAAAAACGUAAUUUAGAAAGGCGUAGAAGUGAGAGUGAAGCUGAAGAUGACUCUGUAAAUGCACAUCAGACUUCUAGAUCCAGGCUCAAAUCUGCUCUUAAACAAAGACACGAUAGUGGAGUAGUGGACACUUCAGAUGCAGAAGAAUGCAAGUAUGUCAUGUCUGAUUGUGAUCUUCAGUAUGACAGUAAUACAGAUGAAAAUGCAAAUAAGAAUGAUGAGACUAAUAUAAACAAAGAUUCAUCUAUUCUGAAUAUAAUUGAUAGAAAUGGUAACACAAAAGAGAACCAACCUGAAAUAUGGAAAUCGGCACCUAUUCCACACAGUACAAAAAUGGAUAAUAAUAUACAAAAUAACCAAACAAAAGUUACGUGUAGUACUAUUAAACAUAAUACCGACCUUUAUAAUCCCGACAGAUUAAAUAAAGGAAAAUAUUUAGAAAUAAAAUUUAAAAAUGAUCUUAUAUUCGAUCUCGAUAUGUGAGUUGCGAGGAUUGUAUUAUUUUGUUCAUAACAGGCAAUUGAGUGUUUUUAAAUAAUUAUAGUAUUUAGAUUUUUAAACACUAGUAACCAGUGUUUUAGUUAUUUUUAAAGGCAUGAGUUUUUUCUUUUCCUUAAAACUUUCCAUUUAAAUGAUGUUCCUUUUUAUUGUAGAAGUGGUGUUAAUUGAUUAGCUAAGUUUAUGGCAAUAGCCUAUAUUAUUCUGCACAUUUGUCAAUUAUUUAAAAAAAAAAAAAUUAAAUUGUAUACCUUAAAUUUGGAAUAGUGGUUAGUUCACACAUGUUGAUUUUAAUUAAUCGAAGGCAAUUGAGUCCGCCUGAACAGACUUAAUCAAAUUUCAUAUAAAUCGAUUAUUCAGUCAUAAAAUGUUGAUUGCUUUGGUUCUACAUUUUUGUUGUCAAUAUGUUAUAAAAUACAUAGAAAUCAUCUAAAAUCGAACAGUGUGAAUUUGCAAUAAGUUUUCAAUGUUAAUAAUUUGGAUCUUAAUGUUUGGGUUUUUCCAUAUUAUUGCUCAUUUUAGACAAUAUAUUUGUAUAGUUAAAUACAUUGAAUGGUACAAAUUAGAUAUAGUCACAUACAAAUUUUAAUGUCUGACACAAAUUAUAUUAUUAAAUUGAUGAUAAACAAUGCACUUUUAUACAAUAGAUAUUAGAUGACCUACAUAUUAAAAGAUAAAAAAUAUUUUAGUGUUUGGUACUAUUGUGUGUUUUAAAAGAGUAUACAAAUAUAAAUCAAUUAUUGUAACAAUGUUUUUCAUGAAAUUAACC